UAUUUAUUGUUUUAUUUAUUCUUAUAUACCACUUUAUAUAUAUAUAUAUAUUUGUACACAUCACUUUUCUUUUUCUUCUCUACAUUUGUACCGUCAAAGAACCAUUCAUUAUGACGGAACAAUACAAUAUCUAUAAUGAUAUGAUGAAUCAAGACAGUCCCAUACAACAACCACUUUCUUCUGUUCUUUUGGUCCUAGAACAAGAUUCCUUACCAGUAACUCUUCAAGAUGGCAUCAAUAAGAUCAAGAAGCAUAUCCCAUAUCAAAAUCUUGUCUUUGAUUCAGAGAUCCCUCUUCAUUAUUCAGGCUACAAGUGGUACCCAAGGUUUCAAUAUGAUCCAAAUCUUAGGGCAGGCCAAGUACAAGUCGAAAGUGGACAAAUUUCUUCUUGUUUUGAUAAUACUUUACAACAACAGCAACAAAAGUUUGAAAUCCUUAUACGUUAUAAUCGACAAAUUGAAGCAUUUCGUGGUCUUGGAAGAUUACUAGGUGCUGCAAGACAUCCAUCCAUCUUCUCUGGUAAUCAUGAUCAUUUGAUCAAUUUUACCGAACAAUCUCGUUUCGACACUCAAGGUGUCAUGGUGGAUUGUAGUAGAAAUGGUGUGUUGAAGGUGAAAAAUGUCAAACAAUUACUCUGUUACAUGGCCAUGAUGGGAUUGAAUAUGUUACAACUUUAUACUGAAGAUACUUAUGAGGUGGAAGGUGAACCUUUAUUUGGCUAUAUGCGUGGAAAAUACACAAGGCGAGAAUUAUGUCGUAUCGAUGAUUAUGCAUAUGAUUUAGGGAUCGAAGUCAUUCCUUGUAUUCAAACCUUGGGACAUCUUGGUCAAAUCCUUCAAUGGCCAAACUAUAGUCAUUUACGUGAUAACAGUGAAGUCUUACUAGCAGGAUCCGAAGCCACCUAUGAGUUUAUAGAAAAGUUAAUAAGUUCUGCCACUGGUCCUUUUAGGUCUAAACGAAUUCACCUUGGUAUGGAUGAGGCUUAUGGUUUAGGUGAAGGAAGGUAUCGUCAGAUUUUUGGUUAUAAGGAACCCACACAAAUAUUUACUUAUCAUUUACAACGAGUCAUGGAGAUCUGUUCAAGAUAUGGCGUACAACCAAUGAUUUGGUCUGACAUGUUAUUUUGUUUAGCGGCCAAAAGCAAUUCAUUACAAGGAUAUUAUGAUCAAGGCAACAAUCCUGCGACUCCAGAAUUGGUGGAAAGCAUGCCUGAGAAUAUUGAUUUGAUCUUUUGGGACUAUUAUCAUACAAGUGAAGACGAUUAUUCCCAAAAACUACAACAGCAUCGAGAUUUGGGCUGUUCUCAACCCUGGUUAGCUUCUGGUGCAUGGACAUGGAGUAGAUUCUGGACAGCAUUACCAUUUACUUUUCAAACCAUUCGUGCAAGUCUAUUGGCAGCAAAGAACAAGGACACUGGAGUGAAAAAUGCUUUUAUUACUAUAUGGGGUGAUGAAGGCAAUGAAUGUGAUGUAUUUUCCUCAUUACCUGGUAUCCAUUAUUAUGCUCAACUUGGUUAUUGUGAUGACGAUGAUGUAGAUUUGAGUGUGCUCAAAUAUAAUUUUGAUGCUAUAUGUGGUGGUAAUUUUGACGAUUGGGUUUAUGCAUCCAAGAUUGAUGAUAGCCCUUCUGGAAAUCCAAUUACAACAAGAACUCAUUUUAGCGCCAAUCCUUCUAAAUGGCUACUGUGGGAAGAUCCAAUGCUUGGUUUUUUGACCCCACAAUACAAUGAUGAAGAUAUGGAAACACAUUAUGGAGAAAUUGCCCAUCAUUUGUUUACAGCAUUUGAUCAUGUAGAGGAUAAUCAUGACAUGCAAUUGGAAGAUCCAAUCAAGCAAUAUCCUCUGAAUAAUAGAUUGGAAUUACCAGCACGAGUGGCCAUGGUGCUUUCAUUGAAAUGUCAACUACGUCAACGAUGUGCAGCAGCUUACCGGGCGAGGGAUUAUGCUCAACUCUACGACUUGACCACCAACCGAUUGACACAACUACGUAACCAAGUGGAAGCAUUGUGGCAAUACCAUCGCCGUUUAUGGAUGACGAUGUACAAACCGUUUGGAUGGGAAGUGUUGGAAUUACGUUAUGGAGGCUUGAUGACUCGACUGGCGACCAUGUAUGAUAGAUUGAUGGCCUAUUUGACUAAAAAGAACAAGACUCUUGGUGAUGAUGACAGCGAUGAGGAUGAUGAUAAUAGUUUAGCUGAAUUUGACAUUGAUCUACAAUGCUUAUUUUAUGGAUCCAAAACAAACAUGUUAUUAGAUUAUUCUCGUGUAGUCACCCCUUCACGUCCUGGUUAAUAAAGAACAUUCUUUUUGAUAUUUAUGCAUGUUGAAUCAUUAAGGAGUAUGGGAAUAAUUUUUCUUUAAAGAUGAAACUUGUUGAUGGUGUCACGAAUGCCUUUUUUUAGAGUUAACAGCGAUAGAUAUGAAAAGCACAUGAUCAUCCUUAUUAUUAGACAGCUUUUUCAAUUUAUUUUGUAACAAUCAUGAAAAAGAAAAAUGAUACAGGAAUAUAUAGAUAAAACUAGAUAGAGACAACAAAAAAAAAAAAAAAGAAGAAUGUAUGUACGAAUGGAUGACAAUGAGACAUGUACAAAAAAAAAAAAAA